AUGUCCGUCAACACUACUCGUAGCACGCUGGCCGAGUCCAAGAUCCCUGGCCUGGAAGAGUCGUUGGACAAACUGGCAUUGUCUCCAAAGGAAACUCUCGAAUCCACAUCCACCAGUACCAUCGAUAAUGAUGGAUAUAUAUUGCAAAACCGCGACAUACCGACCGAAAUUUGGCUUAGCGUCUUUCGGUACGCCGUCGACGCCGCAAUCCACGAUUACAUCUCCGAGCCAUUAAGAAUGCAACAGUCGCUUGUUCAUCCUCCUAUCACUCUUUCUCACGUUUGCCGCCGCUGGCGCUCCAUCGUCCACGACUUUCCGGACCUCUGGUUGACAAUCCCGACCUGUCCAAGACAAUGGUGGACGAGGGGUGAAGCAAGCUCCAUGGAACUAUCUCGGAAAGGCGCAGAAGGCGCGUUAGCGCACUCAGACGCUACUACGAGCACGAGCACAAGGAAGCCAGUGACGCUCCUUCUUGACGUCUCGGAGCGCUUCGAUAGCAAAGAAUCCAUAUCGCGGGAUCACAAGUCGCGGGAUAUGAUCCCUGUAUUGGAGCCCAAGAGGACACUCGAAGGACGCAAGUCACUCCUGUUCCCGAAAGAUGACCACAAUGUCUACAUCUUCCUCCGUGCGGUAAAUCCAGACCUGGAGAGAGCAGGAGGCAAAGUUCACCCAAGAGCACCGGUCGAGAUUCGACAUCUUGUCCGUAUUGGAGAUCCUUGGGAAGCGGGACCAAGGACGAUCAAGACAUUGCGGCUAAAGACGACGGAGAGGCAGCGAUUGGUAUCGCUCAACGGGAUGCUUCGACCAUGGAUCGAAGAGCUAUUCCUUCACUCUUGUCAGAUUGACGUCGAUAAAUAUGGUCCUUAUCUGUCAAACGCCAAUCAAAUCAUGUCCAACCUUCGUGUACUAGGCAUCACACCUGUACAUGUCGCAUUCUUCACCGAGAUCAAGGUGCCCUCGCUAGAAACGCUUGGCGAGGAAUGGCUUGCGACGGUGGGUGGCGCAAUCAAGUCGAUUACCCAACUCGAAUUUGAAGGGUGGCCAGAGAAGUAUCGGAGAAAUAUACCCUAUUAUUCGAUCGUACCGCUUUUGCUCGGUCUCCUUCAUCACCUUCCCGCUCUGUCAAAGGUUGUUUGCCGGCAGAGUUUUGUAUGGGGAGACGGGCUCGCGGAACAGCUACCUCUUGCAUUGGCAGAUACAAAUGAUAAGCGACUUGAGGCAAUUAGCUUUGAAGAAUGUACUGGACUUACGCAGGCUCAUUGUGAUCGACUUGCCAUGGUCGCUAACGCAGUCAAAGUUUUGUAA